GUCAUUAGUCGCGCAACUGAUCCAACACUCAGUCCUAUCCAUAUCAUAGCGUCAUUAACACGUGUUUUAAAGACCAAAAGUGAAUUGAUCCCAACCUAGACUAACGAUGGGCACCAAAAUGAUGAAUGCGCCGAUAAUUCUGCUGAAAGAGGGGUCAGAGAGUCAUCAGGGAAAGAGUCAAGUGAUGUCUAACAUAAGCGCGUGUCAGUCGGUGUCGGAAGCGGUGAGGACUACGUUAGGGCCCAGAGGUAUGGAUAAGUUGAUCGUCGACUCGAAGGGUUCGGUGACCAUCAGUAACGACGGCGCGACUAUUCUCAAGAAGUUGGAUAUCAUUCAUCCGUCCGCUAAGACACUCGUCGACAUCGCCAGGUCUCAGGACGACGAGGUGGGCGACGGGACUACAAGUGUGGUUCUGUUGGCCGCAGAACUCCUCAAACAAAGCAAAUCGUUUGUCGAGGAAGGAGUCCAUCCGCAGACCAUAAUCAAGAGUUUCCGAAAGGGACGGCAAUUAUGUAUUAAUAAAAUCAAUGAAAUUUCCGUCAAGUUAUCGACCGAUACUCUGAAGUCGAAGCGAUCGCUUCUGGAGAAGUGCGCUCUCACUUCGCUCUCCUCUAAACUGGUGUCGCAUCAGAAGGAGUUCUUCGCGAAGAUGGUUGUGGACGCUGUCCUCCAAUUGGACGAACACACUCUCCCUCUUAAUAUGAUUGGUAUUAAGAAGAUCGGCGGCGGAGGUCUCGAAGAGUCACUGUUGGUGUCUGGAGUGGCCUUUAAGAAGACCUUUUCGUACGCGGGCUUUGAGAUGCAGCCCAAGGCCUACAAGAAGCCGAAGAUUGCUUUGUUGAACGUGGAGUUGGAGCUGAAGGCCGAGAAGGAUAACGCAGAGAUCAGAGUAGACAAUGUGGAGGAAUACCAGAAGAUAGUGGACGCGGAGUGGGAUAUACUCUACGAUAAGUUGAAGAAGAUCUACGAGAGCGGAGCCAAAGUGGUGCUGUCGAAGCUGCCCAUCGGUGACGUCGCCACUCAAUACUUCGCCGACAGAGACCUGUUCUGCGCCGGACGUGUGCCCGAAGACGAUCUCAAGCGUACGAUGAGAUCGUGCGGCGGAUCUAUUUUGACCACUUGUUACGACUUGAGUGACGACAACGUGUUGGGAACGUGUGACGAGUUUGAAGAGUUGCAGAUCGGAGGCGAGAGGUUCAAUGUCUUCAAGGGAUGUCCCAAUUCCAAGACAGUGACGAUAGUGUUGAGAGGAGGAGCGGAACAGUUUAUGGAAGAAACUGAACGGUCACUACACGACGCCAUUAUGAUAGUCCGACGGGCGCUCAAGAAUGACUCGAUAGUGGCCGGUGGCGGAGCCAUUGAGAUGGAGCUCUCGAAGUAUUUGCGAGAGUAUUCGCGUACAAUCGCCGGCAAAGAGCAGCUGCUGAUCAGCGCAAUGGCCAAAGCGUUUGAGAUAAUUCCGCGCCAGUUGUGUGAGAACGCGGGCUUCGAUGCGACCAAUAUAUUGAACAAAUUGAGACAAAAGCAUUCGCUGAAUGACGGCCUCUGGUUUGGCGUCGAUAUCAUCAACGAAGACAUCGCUAAUAACUUUGAUGCCUGCGUUUGGGAACCGGCGGUCGUGAAGACCAACGCAAUAAUCGCCGCAACGGAGGCCGCGUGUCUCAUAUUGUCUGUCGACGAGACCAUAAAGGGUCCCAAAUCAGAGAUGCAACAGACGGCUGCCGCCAACGCAAUGGGAAUGUAA